AGUAUAGUGACUUCCAUGACGCAAUAGAGUUUACAAAAAACUGGCUUUAAAUAGCACUGACGAUUGGUCAUUUUAAUGGUAUUUAUUAGAAAAUAUUAAACGAAAGUAUAUUUGAAUCACGUUAAUCAGUAUUUCAAGAUAUUGCGUAAAUGUUUUCUCAUCGAUUUAAAAUCUAAAGGAAUAGGCAUUAUUUCAUAUGAUGUCAGAGACAAAGUUCCGAAGAUAUUUAAUAAAUUUAGUCAGAUUUCUUUUCAUAAUUAAUAUCUAUUUAAUUAUUGAUAUUGUAAUAUAUUUAAUAUGAGUUACCGUCUAAUUAAUUUGUCUAAUAAGAAAUAUCUGAAAAAAAAAAUAUCAAAAAUCAUGGAAAAUUUUAUAUGUAAAAAUCGUCGAUCUAUUUCUUCCCACUUAUCCAUGAAAAGACGAUCCACUCUCCUUAAUUCGUCCCUUUUCUCUAGCCCUUAUUUUUCUUUCGCCGACGAUGCGUCGAAACGAAAGUAGGAUUAAUGAAAAUAGAGAGUACGAGGAGGGCUGUGAGGAGGACCGCACUAAAUGCACGUGUAUAUAUGACCGAGAAGAGAAAGAGAGGGUUCUGCAGCUUUGAUUAAUCGACGCCGGUCAGAGUUUCUAGAGAAAGACGUCACUCGCAAGACUGCCUUCGUCUAGCCUUUGCCACGCAUUGUGUUUAUCUUGCCCACUUACUUCAAAUCUUUAUUCCAUCGUCUUUCCUUUUUAUUAGAAAACAAAAAAAAGGGAAAGAAGUAAGGAAAAAAAAGGAUCUAUCGAAUAAACGAUCAAAUGAUUCAAUCGAAUUUAAAUAUAUAUAAAAUGGAUGUUUAUUUUUUAAUAAUAAUUUGCAAAUUUAUUUAAUAGAAAUAUAUACAUAUAUAUGUAUAUAUAUGUAUAUAUAUAUAUAUAUUUUAAUUAAAAUUUUGAUACAUCAUUUUAUUAUGGCUAGUAAUUUGUCUUUAUGUUAAAGUGAUUCAACGGAUUGCUUAUUCUAAUGAUAUUCAAUAGAAGAAAUCAAACGAAAAUAUAUUUGAAGCACGUUAAUCAUAUAUUUCAAGAUAUACACAGAGAUAUUUCUAUUUCUCAAAAUAAAUGUGAAAUCCUAUUCAUAUACUUAGUAUAUUCAUAUACAUUAGAAAGAGAAGAGAGAAAUUCAACGAACGAUUACAGAAUAAUUUUUCACAAAUUUUCUCGAAAAUCACAGAUAUAUCGCGUGAGAAGAAUUUUCAGAACAUAUUCUAAAUCUCGCUAUCGCGAUGAUUCGUAGAGGGGUUGCACACAUGGUGGGAUGUCGAUUGUACGAGCAUUGAACAAGGAUGGAACGUUUUUGCGGGGAGUAUUCAAUGUGAAUUUUGUAUCAAUAGCGUUAAUAGUGGGAGGGGACUUAGCAGGAGUCGAAUAUCGAAGAAGCGAACGUGUCGGGGGUGGUUUGGCUUGGUAGUGAAUCAAAGGGCAGCUGAUAGAAAGGGGGGCCUAUGGCCUCCCUCGGCGUAUACAGGAGGUGUGCUAGGGGGUCCAAAUUUUGUAGCCUGGGUAGGCCAACUUCCCUCUCCACUUUCUCAUUUUCCUUUCAUACCGUACAGAGCAAAGUUCUUUGGGCUGUACUUUCGUGUACAGUAAUAAACCAGUGAAAGUUUCCUGGGUUUUCCCUUUUGAAAUGCAUUAAGCUCAUAUACAGUGGAUGGACAACACUGUUGCUAUACCUUUAUUUUGUUACGAGAAUUAGGAAAACGCUUCAUUCAAGUGUAAGACGUCUCAGUGCUUACUUCGUUCUCUUAGCUCUCUUAUAGAAGUUCACAACGUUAGAACAAUUUCUCAAAAGUGUGCAAUCGGUGAUAAAAUAUAUCUUAAGUGCAAGAAGAAAUAGUUAAGUGCGAGUUAAAAGUUAAAAAGUGAAGUGUUUCCACAUCGCAUAAUUAAAAUGAGCAAUCCAUCUUAUCACUAUAACAUGGGAGUUAACUACUGCUCUUAUCAAGAGAGACAGAAUGGCAAUGAAAUGAAUCUACUAACUUACAAUGAAGUCAAUCAAAGAAUUGGCAACGGAAUUAGUCAAGCGGUAGGCAAUGAAAUAUGCCAAAGAACUGGCAAUCAAAUUAUUCAAAAGAUAGGCAAUGAAAUAUGCCAAACAACUGGCAAUCAAAUCAUUCAAAGGGUAGGCAAUGAGAUAUGCCAAAGAAUUGGCAAUGAAAUACAGCAAAAUACUAAUAACCAAAUGAACCAAGAAACUGGAAAUUGUUACAUGGAACAACAAGAGUCAAGCAAUCAAUCAACGAGUCUCUUAGAAUCCAUUUUGCGUCAUGGAAAAGAUAUAGUUCAGGAUGGAUAUAUAAAUUCGUGCGCAGAAAGUAUUUCUCCGGAAAACAUGGAGAAUAUGAUAUCAGUAGAGGGAUGCUUGGAAUCUAUAGGAAAUACUGUGAUAAUGGGAUAUGAACCAAAUCUCUCUUUAUUGCGAUCACGUAAUUAUGUUAAUUCGAUGACGGCAUCCAAUUCGACAAUGACGGCCCAACGACACAUCUCCGAUCACUCAGCAUCGGAAACUGAGAAUGUUGCUAAGGGACAAACCAAACGAACUAGGCAAACCUAUACACGUUACCAGACGUUAGAAUUAGAAAAGGAAUUUUAUACGUCACGAUAUUUGAGUAGGAAACGCCGUAUGGAAAUAUCAGAUUUGUUAGGUUUAAGCGAACGACAAAUCAAAAUUUGGUAUCAAAAUAGAAGAAUGAAAGCUAAAAAGGAGGGUCAAGUGGCCGUCAAUCCAACGAAUAAUAGGAUAUUAAAUAAUAUUCCAACCGUUCAAAGUUCAUCAACUAAUGCUCGAUCGCGUACCAAUCGAAUGCCAAAUUCAUCAAUUGUUAGUACAGUGUGUACAAAUCGCGUAUCAAAUCUACCAAAUCCUGUUCCAUCUACGUCAAGAGGAAUAGUUCCCACAACUGGGCAACAACUUACGUUUCCGCUAUACGAACAACAAAAUCAACAAUAUUACCAGCAAUACAAUCAACAACAUUUUGCCGUCCCAAUGCAGCACAACUUACACAAUUCUUAUUUUGGUUAUAAUAAUAACCACACAAUGCCUAAUAUGCAAUAUUUUCAACAACAACAACCACAAUAUCCUAAUUACAAUAAUAUUUGUUAUUAUGAUAGAAGAAUCUACGACGGAAAUAAUUCAAUGGGUGGUUACAACAAUAAUCAUUGAAUGAGGAAAAUAAAUUUGAAUGGUCAUCUAUAUUUUUUUUUUAUAAAAAAAAAAAAAAAAAAUGAAGAAAAAAAAAGAGAAAGACGAUCGAUUUGAAUAUUACGAUACAUGUGUCUUAUUACUGAUAUUACUGACGGAUGUUGUUAAUGAUGUUACUUAGAACAAGAAGCCCAUCGAUGUCAUUUUCAAAGAUUGGCAUGAAAAUUUUUGUAUCUAACUGAACUGGAAUGAUUAAUGAUGCGUUGAAUGUUCACUCAUGUGGUGACCGAAGCUACGGGGAUUCCGAAUGGUCGAUCGAAAUGGACACGCGAGUCCUCUGACGUAGACACAUCGACACAUAAACGAUGCAACGAGCGAGUUUCUUAUUGCAUGAGUAUAUAUAUAUAUAUAUAUAUAUAUAUAUAUAUAUAUGUGUGUACGCAUGCAUGCAGAUAUCUACGCUUCUCUGUGAAAAGAUGUCCUACCUCGUCCAAAGCGUACAAUAAUAAAUAAUAAUCUGGUAUAUCAUGGAGAGUGAAGAUAAUAUAUAAAGGAAACGUAAAACGUUAAUAAAUUC